AACGCCGCUCGGCGAUUUCGCAAAAAUAGUUGAAAAGUGCCCAUCGUACUUGGCGUGCUAACGGGGUCGACAGUCAAUCACAGAAAUAAACGGCGCGCAGACCAAAAAAAAAAAUAAAUAAAAAUAUAAAUAAAUAAAAUAUAAAGCGAAAAGCGGCAAAACGGAAAGCGAACUAGAAUUAUUUGUUUUUGUUUUGUGUUUAAGAGAAGACAGAGCAGCCAUGGCGUUCAUGAUGCCCGUUAUGAAGAACAACUACGACAUUUACAAGGACACGCGGUCCCGCAAGACCUCCGAGUGCUCCAACGCCAGCAGUAACGGUACCACGGCCCUGGCUUCUGCCCUCGGCACACCCGCCCCCCCCGGCAGUGCCCCCCAUUCGCAGCGACGCCGCAAGGUGUCCGAAUGCAAGUCGGAGAGUUUCGCCGCAAGUCCAUCGCACUUCGGGGGAGGCGGUGGCAUCAGCAGCGGCAGCGGCAGCGGCAGCGGUGUAGGCGGCUCCAACUCUCAUCGGUUGCAGAUGCAGCGCUCCAACAGUUCACGCGCCUUCCCACGCAACACCUCCCGCAGCUCCCACGGCUCCAUGCAGCACAUGCAGAUGAUAUCGCCCACGAGGUCCAGUCCGCCCAGUCGCUCGGCCACCGCCUCGGCUCUGGAACGACAAGCGGCCGCCCAGGCAGCCGCGCAACUAAAUUUGAAACAAAGUACCGCUAGUGGCGCCACCGGCGGAGAAUCCUCCAACGACUAUACCAAAUUCCAUCUACGGUUGGUCGACAAGCUUCGCAAAUCCUUUCGCAAGGAUAGCGGUAAGAGGUCUGAGACCAGGUCCAUCAGCAGCAACAACAACAACAACAACAACAACAGCAGCAGCAGCAACAGUACAACAACCAUAAUCAACAACAACAACAACGAGAACAACACAACAGGCGGAAGUGCAACUCUAAUUGGCGGCGGCAACGGCGGCGGCAACAACAACACCUGGAUGGAGGAGGCCGAGGCGGCCAAGGACGAUGUCCUUGCCCCCCGAGAUCAGCACAGGGGGAUGGUCAGUCGUUUGUCGCGACGAUUCCGGCGCUAUUGCAAGUUCCUCGCCCACUCCCCCUUCCACUCCCGCAGAGAGAGCGACGGGGAUGCCGAUGCCGAUGCCGAUGCCUCUGGCUCGGCGGCUGCCUCUGCCGUGGGCAGCUCCAUGGAGCAGCUAACGGGCGGGAAGCGUAGGCGCAGCAGCAGCAUCGGGAGCGCCGGCAGCCGGCUGAAAAUGCGACUACGACGCUGCACCUCCUCACCGGGCUAGAGAGAGAGAGAGCACCCCCAAAACAACAGUUAGCCGGAGCGCUGGAGCCAGUCCAAAGGAUAGGUGGCCAGAGCAGGACCACUACCUGAGAUCGCUACAGGUGAUCCCAGAGAGUAGCAGAGCGAGAGAGAGAGAGAGGACAGACUGGGAGUGAGUAAACGACGCAGGAGGAGGAAGAGAAAGGAGAAAGCAGAGAGAGUUGGAUUAGAAUAGAAAAAAAAGUUGACGGUUGUUGAUAAAUAAUUCAAAAAUACUUUAUUUAAUCAACGGUGUAAUUAAUUCUAACUAAUUAUGUAAUAUUAAAACAUACAAAAAAUAGAAAAAAAAUGUAAAAAAAAAAAGAAAAUUAUAUAUGUAUGUUUGUAUGUGUGUAUCAGGCUUCCAAAAAAAAACCCCCAAUUUUAAAUUUUUUUUGUAAUUUUUUUAACGAAAACAGUAAUUGCAACUGCCAAUUGCAUUGUACAACAACACCCACAAAAAAAAAACAAAAAGAACAAAAUACAAAUCUAGACAAAACAAUUAAGAAAAAACAAAAACAGAUUUUAAAUAGAUAUUGUUUUUUUUUUUUGUGUUUAUUUAUAUACACUGUAAUUGCAUAAUUAGUAAGAGCAAUUGACAAUAUACUUUUUAAGCAUUGCGAACAAGCAACAAAAACAGAAACAGAAAAUUAAAUUAAAAAAAAAAUACAAAAAUUAACGGAGCAAGUUAAAUCAAACUGAAAUGCAGCUGAAAACAGACUUAAAUAUUAUUAUACACAAAAAAAAAAUAUAUGUAUAUAUGUAUGAAUACAUAUCUAUAUAAAUAUGUAUACAAGAAUGUACCUAGACAAAAAAAAAAGCCUACAUUUAAGCUAAAAUUAUUGGGUUUUUUUACUUAAUUUUUUUUUUCUUAGUUAGUAAUUUUUGUAAUUACACAAGCAUACACAGUAAACGAAAAAAAAAAUCAGAAAAAAAAACGAAAUAAAAAAGAACAAAUCAAGAA